AUGAGUCACCCUCUUAUUCUUCCGGAGUUACUUGAAAAUAUAUUCAGUUUUUUGGCUAAGGAUAAUAAAGCACUCUAUCCGACAUUAGUUGUCAAUAGACUUUGGUAUCACUGCAGUGCCCCAAUUCUAUGGAGACACAUUGAGUUUUUUAUAGAAGAUUAUCAGCAGAAUCGGUAUAGUAAAGAUAUGUCUGGACCUCUUUAUUGGCAAUUAAGAAAGUUUAAAAGAGUUAUGUGCGGAGAGACAAAACCUCCAUAUUGCUCAAAGAUG